AUGGCGCCGUGGCUGCUGCUCCCCUCCUUCCCGUGGCCUCCCCCGCCCCCUCCCGGCUCCUCCUCUGGCCGCGGCGGCGGAGGCGGUGGAGGCGACGGCGGAGACUGGAAGCCCAACGUCGUCACGGCCAUCGCCGGCGUCCACCUCGGCCGCUCCCUCCGCCGUCGCCUCGCCGGCCUCCUCAGCUCGCCGGAGGUGCGGUCUCUUGAUGUCUUACCGAGAAUAGGCGACAUUUGGUUUGGAGGAUUACAGCCACUUGACACACACCACGUUCUUGGGGCGCUGGGAAAUGUGUACUCCGCAUCGUUUGUUUGCAGUUCUGCUUUCUUCGGUGGGAAUAGAUCAGGUGGGAGAUACGUCGGUAGCGGAAAUUUGCAGCCCAGACGGCCUCGUGGGAUCAAUUCGAAGAAGAGGCUGUGGACUAAUGUUCUUCUUGCUGUUAAUAUCCUGGCUUAUAUCGCUCAGAUAGCAUCGCAAGGAAAGCUUAUUAUGUGGGGAGCAAAGGUCAACAGCCUAAUUGAUAGAGGGGAAUUUUGGCGUUUGGCUACAUCAACAAUUCUUCAUGGAAAUCUUACUCAUCUUGCUUUCAAUUGUUUUUCGUUGAAUUCGAUUGGCCCUACUGUGGAGCUCGUUACUGGUCCUAAAAGAUUUCUUGCUGUUUAUUUCACUUCCGCACUGGCAGGUUCACUAAUGAGUUAUCGCUAUUGUCAAUCACCUUCUGUUGGCGCAUCAGGGGCCAUUUUUGGACUGGUUGGUGCCUAUGCUGUUUAUACAUGGAGGCACAGAAAGCUUUUGGGGCAUGGAAGGGAAAGUUUAGAGCAGAUCGCACGUGUAGUCAUCUUAAACAUGGGUAUGGGUCUCCUUUCAAGGGGCAUUGACAACUGGGGUCAUCUAGGAGGCUUGCUCGGGGGAGUGGCUGCGGCAUGGUUUCUUGGUCCAGCUUGGCAAAACCAGUAUGUAGCAAAGGAUGGAAGAAUGGUGUUCAAAGACAGGGCACCCAUUCACCAGCUAAUAGGCAGUAAAAGAUCACGGAAAGAUAAAAGAAAGUAA